AUUGCAUGUUUUGUUUGUUCUACUUGUAUUUUGUGUACAAUAGAGUAGAGUAUGCAUAUUCCUGCGUCCUACAAUAUUACGGCACAAUCUUGCUAUUAAAAUGCUCGCCAUCUAGUGGUAGCGUUGUGCGUUAUGUACCCAAAAGUUGUUUUAGCGCGUCCUAGCGGAGCAUCGAAAUUGCUUCUCCAGAAGAUUAGUUCUCACAGCUAUGGGGAGACGCAGGAGCAAGAGGAAGCCACCGCCGAAACGAAAGAACAUUGAGCCACUGGAAACCCAGUUCAACUGCCCAUUCUGUAACCACGAGAGAUCGUGUGAAGUUAAGAUGGAUCGUCAGAGGAACACCGGACGAAUAACAUGUCGAGUAUGUUUGGAAGACUUUCAGACGGCCAUAAACUACCUUUCAGAGGCAAUCGACGUGUAUAGUGACUGGAUUGACGCUUGCGAAAGUGCCAAUCAGUAGGUGCCUCCAUCUGGCACCUUUGUACAUAAGAUGUAAAUGUUAACCUGUACGAUACCCUUAUCUUCAUUGCGGCUUCUUUGUUUCAACGCUUCCUCAAUCGAAUUCUCUCAUUUUGUUUUCAUUUGCGAAGGAAGCCAUGUUGUACACGAUCGAUGAAAGCUUGCACAUUGAGUGCAAGAAGUACUGGCACACACUGCAUCUGUUUGUGUAACAAGCAUUUCCCACCGCUCACAAAUAAAGGUGAUGUUACUUUGC